AUGUCGAGCGGCAUUAGCAUAAUUGAAGUAUACAGUAAUCAUAACUACAACGUAGGUUUAAGUGCACACACGGUGUAAGACUUAAAACUGAAGUCCAAGAAGUAAAGAAGCGAUAAUAUAACAUUGCGCUCGGCUAUGGUUGGUCGUUUGUUGCAAAAUUCAAGAAGUGGACAUAUUUGUGUUCAACAAAAAUAUUUAUAUUCAACAACUGCAUUUUUGUUCAACUUCAAAGAACAAACUAAAUUCAUUCAACAAAUUUUGUUCAAUAUUCAAUCAACAAAAACACAUUAUUCGUUCAAGAGAAAUAUAUUCAUUCAAGAAUUCGAGUGCCCUAGCCCUCGCUUUCAUCUCUAUAGAUAGUCUCAUCAAUGAAUACGCCCCGACCGCCCAGCAAUUUUGUGGUAGUUUUCUUCUCUUCAUGGGUUAUAAACUAAAUGUUAACAUUUAGCUACCUCCAUUCUCAUACUACUUGUUACCUCUAUUAGUCUGUGCUAAGCUGGCAUUUGGUAAAGUGGGGAUUGGCAUGACUGGAACAAAAGAGAGUGUAGAUCGGGACCAGCAGCAACUGUGGAAUUAUCCAAUUUCCAAUACGAUAUCAGUGGUCAUCUCUGAAAAGAAGAAAACAUCUACUCCUUGUAUUAAAUACUGCAUAUUAAGGGGUCGUUUUCCCCCUUUUUCUAAGUUGUGUUACAAGGGUCGGUGGUGA